GUUGAUUGAACAGCUGACCCAGGCGGAGUGGAUUUUGGGGGCGGUUCGGUUUUUUGGUCUUUUUUAAAACAUUUUUAGCGAUGUUUCAACUUUAUUGACGUUUCUGGGUGCCGAGCCGAGCCGAGCCGAGCCGAGCUGAGCCGAGUCGAGUCGAGCUGGGAAUUGUAACCGAGGGGGUCUGAGCCCACACCGAGCUUCGCCUUCCUCGCAGCCUUUUCGCUUAUUCUCCCCGGAGAACUUAGCUGGCCAUGUCCUCGGCGGAGGGAUCUGGGUCUGAGCAGAGCCGGAGGUUUUGCGUCCUGUCCUGGGAGCAGGUGCAGCGAUUGGACUCCAUCCUGGGCGAAAGUGUGCCCAUCCACGGGCGCGGAAACUUCCCCACGCUCUCCGUCCAGCCCAGGCAGAUCGUACAGGUGGUCAGGGCCCGGCUGGAGGAGAGGGGCGUGGUCGUUCGUGACGUGAAGCUCAACGGUUCAGCGGCGAGCCACGUUCUCCACCAGGACACGGGCCUGGGCUACAAGGAUCUGGACCUGAUCUUCGGCUUGAGCCUGACCGACGACAGAACGUUCCGCCUGGUGAAGGAUGUGGUGCUGGACAGCCUGCUGGACUUCCUGCCGCCAGGCGUGAGCCGUGAGCGCAUGGGCGCCCUGACGCUGAAGGAGGCGUACGUGCAGAAGCUGGUGAAGGUGUGCAAUGACACAGACCGCUGGAGCCUGAUCUCGCUGUCUAACAACACGGGCAAGAACGUGGAGCUGAAGUUCGUGGACUCGCUACGGCGGCAGUUCGAGUUCAGCGUGGACUCCUUCCAGAUCGGCCUGGACUCGCUGCUGCUGUUCGACCGCUGUUCCGAGACGCCCAUGUCCGAGAGCUUCCACCCCACCGUGCUGGGCGAGAGCAUGUACGGCGACUUUGAGGAGGCGCUGGGUCACCUGCGCUCCAAAACCAUCGCCACGCGCAGCCCUGAGGAGAUCCGCGGUGGCGGCCUGCUCAAAUACUGCCACCUGCUGGUGCGGGGCUUCCGGCCCGCCUCGGAGGCACAGAUGAAGACGCUGCAGCGCUACAUGUGCUCGCGCUUCUUUAUCGACUUCUCGGACAUCGGCGAGCAGCAGAGGAAGUUGGAGGCCUACCUGCAGAACCACUUCAACGGCAUGGAGCACAAGCGCUACGAGUGCCUGGUGACGCUGCGGCGCGUGGUGGACGAGAGCACCGUGUGCCUGAUGGGCCACGAGCGGCGGCAGACGCUGGCGCUCAUCUCCGCGCUGGCCCUGCGCACGCUGGCCGAGCAGAACGCCAUCCCCGCCCUCGCCAACGUUACCUGCUACUACCAGCCUGCGCCGUACGUGCGCGACGUCAACUUCAGCAACUACUACGUGGCGCGCGUGCACUCGCCCGUACCCUACCGGACGUGGCUGCCCUGCAGCUGAGCGACGGGAGGACACCACAGCGUCCUUAUUCGGUUUUGUAAAGGAAAGAUUGCUUUUUUUGGUUAUCAGCUUGUUUAAGGGCAGGACAAAGGGCCUUCUCCGUAGCAGCCGGUCGGGAGAAGACGAAAGACGUUUAAAUGCGUCUUUUUUUGCCAAACGUCCCCAUUUUUUCCCCUCACUAAGUUAUAAUGAACUCUGCUGUACUGUAAAACUGGUUCGAGCCGUUCUGUGUUGUUUCCUUGAACAUUCCUCUGAGACUUUGAAGACUUUGGUCAGUGUGCUAAAGAUAGAGGGAGAGUACUUCUCUAGUUUACUUCUUCACAUGUACUCCAUUUGUAUUUGACAUGAAAUGUUUGUAACUUAUAAGACGCGCCUCGCUCUUUGUGGAGAAAAACGAAAUCUAAACAACUGGAUUCUAGCCUUGUGCCGAAAGCUGUGUUCAGUUCUGUCUGUGGUUUCCAGAUUUCCUCCCUCUUAUUUGAACUUCUGAGGACCAAAGAUUUUUAGUUGAAUGGAAUGUUUGUUACUUCUGUGAUUCCCAAGUGCCUGAAAACCGACCACAAACAGAAAAGUGUGUAAAA